UGCGUGCGUUCGGCUAGCCCUGAGCAAUAGAGGAAGGGGACUUUCUAGACGAGGUUUUCCAUUCUCGUUGCUGGUUGGCGGACGUUUCUGAAGGUCGGCGAUACUGUGCCAACCAACAUGGCGGGUCAGGAAGGCGAAGUAGUUAAAGAAAAGUCCUUCAAAUUAUUGGGCAUCAUUGAUGUUCAGAAUACACCUUGUGCACGGGAAUCUAUACUGUAUGGAACUGUUGGGUCUCUGGUUCUUGGCUUAGGACAUUUCUUAGCAACAAGUAGAGUGAGAAGAUCCUGUGACGUAGCUGUCGGUGGAUACAUUCUUACUACACUUGGAUGCUGGAUGCACUGCAGAUACAAUAAUGCAAAAGUAAGGAUCCAGCAAAAGAUGUUACAAGAAGGAAUUAAAAAUAGGAUACUAUUUGAAGGCAGCAGUAUAGAUCCAAAUACGCGUAAAAACACAACUGACUCAAAAACCUGAUUUUCCGCAUCAAAAACAGGAUUCCAAUGCAUAUGCUAAACACCUUUCCAAAACCUGCAUUUAAAGAAUAUAGGAGUUUGUGGCAGUAACAAUAAACCACACCUUUUCAGUAACUGUUAAAUGACCACCACCUUUAUAUUUUUUUUCUAUAAAAUAUGCCCUGUGGCGUUGACAAUUGGGUACAGCACUACAUAGGAUGUAUUACACAGUGCAGUCCAUAAUUCUUUUGCCUCAUGGCACUAAACUGGAGCCAACUGGUCUGCCCUGUGGGGUAAAGGGAAACCUGUUUUCUGCCUUCAGCACUGAUGUCCUCUCACACUGGAGCAGAUGCCACAUAAGAGGAACACAUGUAGAUUGUUAAGUGCAAGUGGGUACAUACCCACAAUGCUUAAAUACUACAGGCCACAAAGUGACAGUAUUGGCAGUAGUUUUAAAUAAAGGCUAGUGUGGCAACCCUGAUGAAAUCCCUAAGGAACAAGCAAGUUGUGUAAUUUUUCCUGAACCUAAAUCAGGAGAAAUCCCCCAAACAAUGGACAGAAGACAACCACAUAUCUGCCAUUCCCUGCAGUCCUACCUCCCAUAUAUGCUGCUGCUGCACAUCCUCCAGUGCUCCUGCCAUAAGAUAGUAAACUCAAAUACACAACAUUUUGCUUUGCUAAACAGACAUGCAACUUCCCCCCACUUUCUGUUUAAGCAGCCUGACCAGAUCAGAUACAUCUUUUUUGUAUAUGUUGGUCUGCAUUGAAUUUAGAACAAAGGGAAUAAACUAAUGUUCAGUCAAUGUUGCCAAUGGUUUCUUCUUUUUUUAAUUAUACCCAGACUUUGUGUGUUGCAUGUAUUUGGGUGUAGAUUUGAAGAUCAAAAUGGUGACACAGUGGAAGCAGUAAGAAUGUAAAGUCAACUGUGCUUGGCCAAGGACUGCUCUACAUUAGCACUAGUACUGUUUAGAAAACUAUUUACCCAUUCAGAAUACUGCAGAAUCCAAAAUUAAUGUUUAUAUACAGGUGAUCUGUUGGUUGUCAUAAGUGGUUUCCUGGCUUAGUAUUGUUUGCAGGGGCUGGAGAGUCAUUCAUUAAACAUAAAAUGCAGUACUCAUUUUAGGGGGCUACACAUACCUCAUGGUAUGGACAAGUAUAUGCAGUUUCAGACAAGUAGUUAAUAAAAAUGAAUGCCGUGUCUCAACAAAUGUCUUUUCAUAAUAUGAUACAGAAAAUGCUGCAAGUCUGAAAUUUUAAGUUGAUUUUUCCCACAAACACACCUAUUUAUAACUCUUCUUAAAUUUAACAAAUUUAUUGCAUUUGCAGGGGUUGAAGUGUCAGCAAUAAAAAUUUUACGUGCUUUAGAUUUUUUCCACUUAAUUGAGUAAUAAUUUGCAUAUUUGGGAUCAAUUCAGAAGAGCUACAACAUUAAUUUUAAUUAGUCACUUUGUAAAAAUUUGCACAGAAAUUUAUAUUUUGUAAUAUCACCACUGCAACUUUCUAUUAAAUUUACUUUCCUCUCCAGACAGUCACUACACCCGUUAUGUACCUCAUCAACCAUUCCUCCUCUGCCAUGCACAGGCUUCCUUUCAGGAUGAAUUCAAAUACUAACCCUUGCAAUCUCCACUCAGCUACAUCAACAUAUUUUGAUGCACUAUUCACUCCUCAUUGCAUUGCACAAACAAAUUAAAAAUGUCACCAGAGCUGCACCCCCUUCCUUAGAAAUACCCUCUACAUUUAAUCUCGCAGACUAACAUUUUAACAAUUUUUACAGAGCCAUACUACCAUCUAAUCUGUUUUCUUUUAGCAUACCAUAUGCCACCUCCCAAGUACAAAACUAGAAACCAGAUCUUUCACUACAAUCACUCCUAAUAUCACUGUUUUCCCACACCUUCAGUCAUGUAACCCCUUCUCCUCUUAGACUAAUCUUUUUUUGUGCAAGGACCAUAUUAGCAUCUAUAUUAGUUCUUGCAGGUAAAUUUUCUAAUCUACCUAUAUGUACAGCGCUGCAGAAUAUUUUGCCCCUUUCUAAGUUGUAAUAAUGUGGCCCUUUAAAAAGAAAAAAAAAUAAAUGGUAAACUAAAAGGAUAGCUCCAUGAAAUGUCCCUAAACUGAGAGCAAAAACUACUGAAUGGUGCAGCUGUUACAUGUUUUUAUGAAAACGGAUCAGUAGUGAAAAUGCAUAAAAGCUUUAAGAACUUGUUCCCUUUUAUUCUUAAGUUAGUGCAGUCCAACUGUUAUAAGUAAAUAGGAUGAUAAUGAACCAAAUAUCUUGUAUGUAUAUGUAUUGUUAUGUCUACUUAAUCUGUUUUGUCAUAAAAUCAGGGCCAUCCAUAAAUUAACAACCUUAUAUCACAAGAACAGCUUUUCAACACUGUAAAAGUUCAAGCAGACCCUUUGAUGAAUAUACAACACGUAUUUCCUUGUUAACUAUAAAAUACAACAACACUUAAAAAGUGUAGUAACUCAUACACAUUUUGUAUUAUAAAAAUUAGGACCUAUUCUAAGUGUUUUUUUUUACCAAAAGGCAUAGUCUAGGUUUCACCUAUUCUCCAUUACAAAAACACUGCCAGUUAUGUUUCUCAGCAACUACAGUUUACAGAGGGUGCACAGGUAAUUUGUUCACCUGACCAUUUACAGUUCUACAGCUCUGUCUGAAGGGUGCUGUUACAUGAAAAUAACUUUAAUUCAACAUAAAUUAGUGGCAAACACAUUCAUUCUAACAAAUAAAAAUGCAGUGAUCUUUUAAGCUUCUAUCCCUGACUGAAAGGAGCAGCUGUAUUGGCAGCAGUUUCCCCAGGGUGACUAGGUUGAUCCUUAAUGCUAACUAGUACCAUGUCUGGUGCACAUAUAUAAAUAUAAAUCAAUGAAUAGCGCCCCUUUUAAAAUCCCCUGCAGUCAUUUGCAAAAUCCUUCAACCCCAUGCAAUCUAUCAAAGAUUAAAAUGUACGUACUUUUCAACAAAUAGGCUAGGGGACAAAGUCCUCAUUAGGGUAGAAAGCAACUUUUGUAAAUACCUACCUGCUUUACAUGUACUUACCAUGAAAACACACUUCUGCAGUUAGAAGGUGUGCGCCACGACAACUAGAAAAAAAAAAAAA